AUGCUUUUAGAGGCUAUGAAAGUCGUUUUCGGAAAUGGAGAGAGAGGGCUAAGAUCUGGUGCGGUGGUGGUGUUUCAGUUUUUUUGGGUGAUUUUUAGCGCGGAGAAGGGAAGAGGAGAGACGGUGGUGGGGCGCCUAGUCUGCUCCAGCUGGAGAGAGGGAUUGAUUGGGACUAAAUUAUGCGUUGAGAUGACCAUUUACCCUCCGCGACCGUCUAAAGAUGACUUUAAGAGGCCCAAUCUCUUCAAAGCCGCCUCAGCCUCCCAUAGGAGACUCGAUCCCCGUACGCUGUAG